UCAUCGCGUUUGAGCAUGCCUACUACUCUCCAACAUAAACAAAGACAGGAUAAAGCGCUGCAAUAAACUCUCCUGGCUUGUUAUUUUAUAUGUUAACAGUAUUUCAGAAUUGUGGAGCGACUUAUUUGUGGAGCAAUGGAAAACGCAUUACUGAUGCGAGUGAGCGUGUUUGCCGACCAAGGAGGCAGGAAAUACAUGGAAGAUGUGACCGAGGUAAUAGUUGAGCCAGAACCGGGAGAAGAUGAUCCAACAUCGGAUGAGCCAGUGGAGAGCAUUGGGGGAGACUGUACUGUCACAUCUGUAGCUGUGGACACGCAUCCAGACCGGACUGAUGAAAUCGUGGGGUCUCGGCAGGUUUCAGAUGAAACCUUUGAACAUAUACAAAGGGACAACCAAAGUACAUCAGUGGAAACAUCUUUACAUGGAGGUCAGCCGAGCAUGGCGAGUCGUCCCCGCCGUUCUGUGGCGUUUUUCGCCGUGUUUGAUGGCCACGGAGGUCCCGAGGCUGCGCAGUUUGCACGAGACUAUUUGUGGGAGUUCAUGAAGAAACAGCGUGGAUUUUGGUCAGACUGUGACCAGGAGGUCUGCUCCGCUAUACGCAAAGGUUUUGUAGCAUGCCACCACGCUAUGUGGAAAAAGCUACCUGAAUGGCCAAAGACACUUACCGGCCUCCCUAGCACAUCAGGCACCACAGCCAGUGUAGUGGUCAUUCGAGGAAAUCGUAUGUAUGUGGCCCAUGUUGGUGAUUCUGCUGUAGUUCUAGGGGUCCAGGAUGACCCCUCAGUCCCAUUCAUAAGAGCAAUGGAAGUCACACAAGACCACAAACCUGAACUACCCAGAGAGAGGGAGCGUAUUGAAGGUCUGGGAGGCAGUGUGAUUAAGAAAUCUGGGGUGAACCGAGUCGUCUGGAAGAGGCCGAGGCUGAGUCACAAUGGCCCUGUCCGUAGGAGCACAGUCAUUGACCAGAUACCAUUCUUGGCAGUAGCCCGAGCUCUAGGCGAUCUGUGGAGCUACGAUUUCUACAGUGGAGAGUUUGUGGUUUCUCCUGAGCCAGACACCAGUGUAGUGACCCUUGACCUCAGAAAACACCGCUACAUCAUUCUGGGCAGUGAUGGUCUGUGGAACAUGGUCCCACCUCAGGAGGCCAUCUCCAUUUGUCAGAACAAUGACAAGGCGAUGGCACCGUUUGGGGUAUCGAGCGCCCGGCAGCUGGUCAGUCAUGCUCUGCUGCGGUGGCGCCAGCGAAUGUUGCGCGCUGACAACACCAGUGCCAUUGUAAUCGCCCUCCAGGAGCCUGGAACCUCCCAGGACACCCUACACCAUGAGGAGGCACUGCUUGACCUUGCCAAGUUGUCCCAGUGUCCUCUUACGUCUAUAUCUCGUGCUGACACUCCUCUCCUCCAGCGGCCUCCAGAGGAAGACUCUCCCUCUGGUGUGUGCGAGCUUCUUCCUGCCCUGGAGCGACGGGAUGGACUAUCAGGAAGCAACAGCCUGUACCACAUGGAUCUGUCUGACCUGUUUACACUGACUCCACUGUGUCCACACAGUAGUACUGAGCUGCCCAGUCGGUCCAGUCCCACUAACAGGACAGUUGGCAGCAGGAUGCCAAACAACAAAAGAACAAGUGAUGAAUCAUCAUUACCAUCCUCAGGCCAGCUAGCUAAGAAAGCCCGCCGCAGGACUGCCAACAGGCUGCCCCUGGUCCAGCACAAUGCCGAGAAGAAACAGGAGUCCAGUAACGUCUCCCCCAUUCUCCAGCAGCACAAUAAGACCACAGUGUGUGUGUACUGAACAAACACAGACACACAAGUCUGGUGUCUCCCACUGUCAAUCUUAUCUCAGUGGCAUUUCUGUUCCUCAUGUCUGCAGUUCUCUCACUCAUUCUCAACUCAAACCAGCCUUACUCUAGUGGUUGUUAUAAGACUUGUUGUCCUGCUCUGCACCAGUACAGUUCUCAUUUGAAAACUUUUUUCUUUUUUGGAAGAGUGCUCAUUUUCUUCAUUUCAAAAUUCCUUCCUAACAUCUGUCUUAUUCACGUCUUUCUACUAACUGUCCUAAGGAAUACGUAUGAUGCUGGUGUAAAUAUUAUGCGUUUUAUAAGUGGAUUACUGAGAAGGUAAGUCAAACUGUUCAUUUAACAGAUAUAUUUUUAUACAUUAUUUUAUUGUAUGAUGAAAAAUAUGAAAAUCCUUUUUAGAUGAACACCACCACAGCUUUCUUCACUCUGUCCACAUACCACUGUGUGCACAUGCUCACUCUGUGUUUAAACUUUUUUUUUUUAUCUUCCUAUAUAAUCACUGGAAAUUUGCCUUGAAUAUAAACUGAAUGUGCUGCUACACUCACAAACCAGUAAGCUACUACAGUGUGUAUAUUGCUAGAUAAAUAUAGGUAGUAAGUGUUGAAAGCAUUUUUUCUUUGAGAGUACCCAUUUAUCUGAACACAUCUGGCCAUUUCAAGUUUCAAAUGAUGGAAGGUGUUUUCAAGUUGUUAUUGCACAGUGGGUCCCAAGUGAUGAAUGCACUGCAUCAGUCAUCCUACAUUGUUGUAGUUUGUAAGGAAAUAUUCACCUUCCCUGAGCCUCCUCUACCCACUGAUACAAUUGGUAGUGAUCGUCUGUGUUUCCAAGAAUGCCUUUCUCCAGCCCCCUGCUGUGCUGAAGCUUUUGCAGGAGUUACUGUGUCUGUCUGUAGAACGAUGGGUUUCUCCCUAGGUGUUUGCUGAGCCUCUAUAAGGCUCUAAACUGAAGACUUGCUUUGGUUCUGAGGGACUGGCAUGAAACCUGAUGUUUAACAAUCAAUGUUUAUAAUUAUUCUGUGCUCCUAGACUCCCUUUGUUGCUGUGCUGGAGGUAUCAGUGAUGUCACUGUGUCCGUUGACCAUACAUGUAUGGGGAAAAAUGUUCGAUCAUAGGCAUAUUGAUUCCUACAUACACAGGACUGUUUCCUAUCAGUCCAUCCUGCCACCUUAUUUUGUCUUGUUUACAUCAAGACAGGAACAGUUGUUUUGUUGAGGCAGUUGUAUCAUUACUGAUGUAUGCACAAGGCUCAUUUGUGAGUAAAUAGACUUUGCAUGGACUUUUUAAGAGAAGAUUUUUGCACUAUUAUGGUGACCUUGUCUUUUAGAGAGGAAUUGUUUUUUCAUUUGAAAAUGAUGUGUGGGGGGCAUGAUUGGAGUUUAAAAUGAAAACUGUAAAUGAAGACUUUUUGGGACAAAUGUUCAAACGCUUUUAACUUAAGGUGAAGGGAAUUGUCAUUAUCCUGAGGAGAGUUUGCAGAACAUGGUUCUGCCCUACUUUGCCUCUGAUGGUUGAAAUGAUUCACUACAAAAGAGCACUGACCGUUACAUACACAGAUGAGACAGAUGUACGUGUCUUUGUAAAAGCCUCUUGUAUAAUUAUGUAUUUUCAUUGAGCUAAAUACAACAUCUAACAGGAAUUUAUAGCAUUAUGGGCUGGUUAAAAUCAGUACUGAACAGUACUGACUGACAGCGCUGGAGGAUCGAUAAUGUUUAUGUGUGAGAGGUUCUCACUGCAAAUACACUCUCUUUACUUGCAACCCCUGUAUGGUUUAUACAUACUAUUUUUAUAAUUCUUAGUCUACUUAUUUACUCAAGUGUAUAAUCCCUGAUUCAGAUGGCUGUGCUAAAAGCAAAAAAGUGCAUGUGUACACUGUAAAUGUGAAAAACCUUAACCUGGAAGUGAACCUAUUUAAAUAAAAAGCUCUCUCAAGU